CGCCCGCCGCCGUUCGAAAGGGGACAUGGCGGGUCCGGCCGUGCUGCCCGAGGAGUGGCGGCUGUACCUCGUCUCCUCCCGAGUCGCCACCUUCCGCAACUGGCCUUUCACCGAGGGCUGCGCCUGUACGCCCGAGCGGAUGGCGGCGGCGGGUUUCGUGCACUGCCCCAGCGAGAACAGCCCCGACGUGGCGCAGUGCUUCUUCUGUCUCAAGGAGCUGGAGGGCUGGGAGCCCGAUGACGACCCCCUGGAGGAACACAAAAAGCACUCUGCGGCCUGUGGUUUUCUUUCCCUUCAGAAAGAGCCUGCUAACCUGACACUACAGGAGUUCCUUAAGCUGGACAAAAUGCGAAUAAUAAAGUCCAUUAAAAAAGAGAUUUCUCAGAAGAUGACCGAGGUUGAAGAUGCAGCCAAGAGCACACGUUCUAAAAUAAAGAAUCUGGCCUAGACUGCUGCAGCUUCGCACUUGCUAGUGACAUCUUUCUUGUACUGUGGCACUGCCACUGUGACUGAAUGGCCGUGUUUCCCGAGGCUGCUUCCAGACUGGCUGUUUCUGAGAAGCAAACUGGAUUCUGCUUCGCUCACCUGAGUCUGUCUAGGAAGUACCUGGGGUUUGAUAUAUUGCAUCUUUUUCUGCAGUGAUUCCUCCUCAUCUUCCUGUUGGUUUUAUUAAAGAUUGCUACUUGUAGGUUUACUUGGGUCUCUUAUUUUUUAUUUUUAUUUUUUAAACCCAGCUGUUUAGAGAUAUUGCUGUAUUGUAGAGAUCCUGGUAGCCCAGGUGCUAAAACAUAUUUCUGGCAAGAAUUGACAAGCAUUUCCAUUUUUGUACUGAAUACACCAAUGCUUUUGGAUAUUUUGGGACAUGAAAAGGGGAAGGAUUUUUAAAAAUCCUUCAGGGAUUGAGGAUUGUGGCUAAUAACAUUGAAUUAUGCCCAAUCUUAGUGUGUCUUGUAUCCUUGUAAACUUUUAUUUGUAGUUGGCUGCUGCCUUGUGCUGAUGCACAUAUAGGUAAAAGUUGAAGGCAGAACGGCAAAGUCAUUUUGCUCGAUUUUCUCGAGGAAAGGAAUCUGACCUUUAAUGCAGUGGGCUGCACUGAAUGCAGUUUUAACAUCAAAAAAGAAAAUCAGAUCAUCAAUUACAGCCAGCAGUGCUGUUGCCCAAGUGUCAAACUUUUUUAAGCAGCAUUCAUCAGGCGUUAAAGACAUUUCAAAGACAUUCAAAUUUAUUUGUGCCUGGGAAGGUUUGGUUUGUCCCUUUCUUUGCCCAAGUUUGGAAAGGAAAUUUACAAAACAGUGCAGUCAGUGAGGAACUGUGCUCCGAACUGCUGGAAAGGAAUAAGGGAAUCUUGGAGAAAAUACUUUACUGUUAAAGGGCCCAAUUGGAUUGUACAGGGUUGUGAAUUUUGUGACAGAAAUGAACGCACAUGAUUAGGUGCUCCCAAAGUCAAAGAAUCUCCAGUUCUAUUUUGGGAAAAAGGUUGUUGUAAUAGCACGUUGAUGAGACCAGCGUUCCCAAGUUUCAUAAGUUUGUCCAGCGUUCUCUGUCUGACCUUAUUUGGAACAAUGAAAUAACCUCAUUAUUUCCAGUUGUAACAGCCAAAUCAUAUGCCAAUUGCCCUUCUGCAUUCUUCUUUUGUGUGUUUGCAUUGCAGCUGUAAAUAAAGAACAAAUUGUUUUAAAAUACUUAAA